GCUUCUGUCUUCAACUGUCACUCAAAGAUUCAAGGAAUGCGGAGGAAUCUCUGCAUACCAGGAAAAAGCUGAAAAACAGGAUCUCAGGGCUCAGCUCCGAAACACUUCCAUCACUCUGACUCCACCUUUCUCAGAAUCCAUUCAUAGAGAGCAGCUGAAGGCAUCCACCCACCCACAUACACCUGGUCAUCUGUGUGAAAUGUCUGCUGUGGCGUCUGUGUCUCUCUGCUGGACUUUACUGUCAGUCUGCCUCCUACUCGUCUCUGCAGACCAGAAAAACAUCACAGCUGAGUCUGGACAGGACAUCACUCUACCAUGUCAAGCUCCAAACAACAAAACCAUCAAAGGCGUUGAAUGGAUCCAACCUGACCUGGAGCAUGAACGUGUCCUUUUUCACUGGGAUGAAAAAUUUAUUCCUAACAACCAGGAUCCAUCGUUUAAGAACCGGGUGGAUUUGCAGGACAGACAAAUGAAGGAUGGAAACGUGUCUUUGAUUCUGAACAAUGUGACAACUGAUGACACUGGAACAUAUGAGUGUCGUGUCCUUGUGAGGGGAGGGAACCGCAGGAAGAGAGCUAAUCUGGGUGGUGAACCCAUCAGCAUCAUCUACCUGAGUGUUGUUGAUCCUCCAGGUCACACAGGAGGACACACAAAGGAUAGAGGGAAGGAGGCUGGAGGUGUUGCUCUGCAAGUUUUUGUUGUACUUCUUGUUGUUGUUAGCUUUGUGAUUUUACUAGAAUACAAAAAAAGACGAAGGCGCCAAAAGCGACCACGUCGUUCUUGAACAGCAGAUUCAGUAAUGUUAAAACCAUCUAAUCCCAGGAUGUGAAUCUUAUUUUUAUAUGUACACAGAUUCCCCACUAGGGGGAGCCAAGGAAUAAUAUACAACACAACUGGAAGAUAGCCACGAGAAUGCAUAGGAACAAGAGGCAAAAGGAAAUACUGAAGCCAAAGACAGACACAUGUAAGACUAAAUGAGGAGAUAGAAACAUAAACAUGAUACAGAGACCAAAAAGUAACAACUGUGGCAAGUUUACUCAGUUGUAUAUAGCAUUUGUAUUCUAUUUUUAUCCUAUUGUAUAUUUUAUUCUAUUUUAUUUUACUGUAUAUAGUAUUUUAUUUUAUUCUAUUCUGUACAGUUGUGUACUGUAUU